UGUGUGUGUGUGUGUGUGUGUGUGAUGACGUUGGAUGGUAUGUGAGAACAGAAAGACCCUUCAUUAUAGUACUACUACUAUUAUUACCCACAGUGUACACGCAGCUCACAGAAGGAAAAUUACAUAGGGAGGUUUAACUUAAAAGCCUUGUAUAGUUUAACAGUACCUUGUGCUAAAAAUAUUCCCACAAUGACAUAUAUUUUACACUGAUAUUAUAGUAAAAUCCUAAACACACUUGGGAUUAUGAUGAGGGAGGAAGACUGCAAUUGUGAUUGAACACAAAGCAGAUGCCACAAAACGACAAACACGUGUCAGACAUCCAAAUCCUCACUAACACAUACUUCCAAGAUGGCGUAGCAGUCAGACGUCUUUGUCUUUGUCUUGUCUCAUGUAUAUAUCCUUGUCUUCGCAUUCUUUUUUAUAUUUUUCUUAAACCUCAACUUCAAAAUACUCUCCUGCAACCCGGCUCACCCAAUGUUUUGAGGAUCUGUUUUUUCCCCCUAAAGUAUUUCUAUUUACCUCCGAAAUGGAAUACCUCAACUGAAGCAAGCUAGCUAACUAGCUACCAGAUGUCAGCUAUCAGUCAGCUAACCACUGCUAGCGGUCAUCAACUAACCGUUAGCUCGGAAAGCUCUCGCCAGUUCGUACAACGCGUUUCAAACCAGAGCAUACCGGACUUAUUUCUCUCUCCAUAUCCCCGGAUUCCUACAGCAAAUUCUGAACCUUUUCAUCUGGAUUAUCGCAGCAAGCUAACCGCACCCCGGGUUGACUACUCCUGGCUAACGUUUACGUCCCGGAGCAAGCACCAACUAGCCUGGAGCUAGCCCAUGCUAGACCCAUCUCCCGGCUAGGGCUCCUGGGCUACUCCUGAAGCCCACUCCUCAGCUACAAUAUCCGGACCCAUUCUACUGCCGGUACGGGGCACGGAACCCCGCCGAUCCUUCACGCCUGGAAAACCGACAUAAUCUGCCCGAGGAUCACAACAGGCCACUCAGGCGGGACGUCCCCUGAAGGCCCAUUCUGCUAACCGCAGCCUGCUAACUAUCUAGAGCAUAUUGGACUGUUAGCUGAUCCACCGGCCAGUUUCUUGGACCACUAUACCCAUUUUGCCAAUUGGACUUGGACCCCUCUGCUAUUUGGAACACUACUAAUUCCACGACUGAUCUAUCGACGCCACCGCACGAGGAAGCAAAAACAGACGUUCCCCCAUCGCCAGGUCCAUUUAAGGCCCUUAUGUAAGCUUGCUAGCCCCGGCCUGCUAAAUGUCUGAAUCGCCGUGUCCCCAGCCAGCCCAACCACUCACUGGACCCAUACAAUCACUUGGCUACGCAUGCCUCUCCCUAAUAUCAAUAUGCCUUGUCCAUUACUGGCCUGGUUAGUGAUUAUUGUCUUAUUUCACUGUAGAGCCUCUAGCCCUGCUCAAUAUGCCUUAACCAACCAUGUUGUUCCACCUCCCACAUAUGCGAUGACAUCACCUGGUUUAAACGUCUCUAGAGACUAUAUCUCUUUCAUCAUUAGUCAAUGCCUAGGUUUACCUCCAAUGUACUCUCUUCCUAUCAUACCUUUGUUUGUACAUUAUGUCUUGAAUCUAUGCUAUCGUGCCCAGAAACCUGCUCCCUUUACUCUCUGUUCCGAACGUGCUAGACGGACAGUUCUUAUAGCCUUUAGCCGUACCCUUACCCUACUUCUCCACUGUUCCUCUGGUGAUGUAGAGGUUAAUCCAGGACCUGCAGUGCCUAGCUCCACUCCUACUCCCCAGGUGCUCUCAUUUGUUGACUUCUGUAACUGUAAAAGCCUUGGUUUCAUGCAUGUUAACAUUAGAAGCCUACUCCCUAAGUUUGCUUUAUUCACUGCUUUAGCACAAUCUGCCAACCCGGAUGUCUUAGCCGUGUCUGAAUUCUGGCUUAGGAAAACCACCAAAAACACUGAAAUUUCCAUCCCCAACUAUAACAUUUUCCGCCAAGAUAGAACUGCCAAAGGGGGUGGUGUUGCAAUCUACUGCAGAGAUAGAACUCAGCAGGCUAUCUUACUAUCCAGGUCUGUACCAAAACAAUUUGAGCUUCUACUUCUACAAAUUCACCUUUCCAGAAACCCUCCACCCUCUGCCCCCAGCUGUGCCCUGGACACCAUAUGUGAAUUGAUUGCCCCCCAUCUAUCUUCUGAGCUCGUGCUGCUAGGUGACCUAAACUGGGACAUGCUUAACACCCCGGCCAUCCUACAAUCUAAGCUUGAUGCCCUCAAUCUCAAAUUAUCAACAAAUUAUCAAUGAACCUACCCGGUAAAACCCCAAAUCCGUAAACACGGGCACCCUCAUAGAUAUCAUCCUAACUAACUCGCCCUCCAAAUACACCUCUGCUGUUUUCAACCAAGAUCUCAGCGAUCACUGCCUCAUUACCUGCAUCCGUAAUGGGUCUGCGGUCAAACGACCACCCCUCAUCACUGUCAAACGCUCCCUAAAGCACUUCAGUGAACAGGCUUUCUAAUCGACCUGGCCCGGGUAUCCUGGAAUGACAAUGACCUCAUCCCGUCAGUAGAGGAUGCCUGGUUAUUCUUUAAAAGUGCCUUCCUCACCAUCUUAAAUAACAUGCACAUUUCUGGCCUGCUGGAGGUCAUUUUGCAGGGCUCUGGCAGUGCUCCUCCUUGCACAAAGGCGGAGGUAGCGGUACUGCUGCUGGGUUGUUGCCCUCCUACGGCCUCCUCCACGUCUCCUGAUGUACUGGCCUGUCUCCUGGUAGCGCCUCCAUGCUCUGGACACCACGCUGACAGACACAGCAAACCUUCUUGCCACAGCUCGCAUUGAUGUGCCAUCCUGGAUGAGCUGCACUACCUGAGCCACUUGUGUGGGUUGUAGACUCCGUCUCAUGCUACCACUAGAGUGAAAGCACCGCCAGCAUUCAAAAGUGACCAAAACAUCAGCCAGGAAGCAUAGGAACUGAGAAGUGGUCUGUGGUCACCACCUGCAGAACCACUCCUUUAUUGGGGGUGUCUUGCUAAUUGCCUAUAAUUUCAACUUUUUGUCUAUUCCAUUUGCACAACAGCAUGUGAAAUUUAUUGUCAAUCAGUGUUGCUUCCUAAGUGGACAGUUUGAUUUCACAGAAGUGUGAUUGACUUGGAGUUACAUUGUGUUGUUUAAGUGUUCCCUUUAUUUUUUUGAGCAGUGUAUUUUUUUAACACACGUAUAGCAUCUGGUGAUGUGUAUAAAAACGCACAUAUGUAUACCAAAGAAAGACACACUCUUCAAAAAGUGUGUGCGUGCAUAUGUGUGCAUGUGUGUCACUAGAAAGAGACAACCUGGCCAGUCAGGGCCAGGGGUAAUAGUUUCAUUUACAGAGCCAGAAAAAUCAACGUGUCCGGGGACUAUGAUGGAGAACUGCUUCCAGUUUCACCAGAGCUGACCACACCACUGAUAUCUCCAUCGGCAGGCAAGUCACUCUACCCUUAACAGCUGAUUUAGGAUCAGUUCUUCCUAACCCAAACCUGACCCAAUCCAUUAUGAGCUAAACAACUACUGACUCCGGAUCAGGAUGUUAGACGUCUGUUUAGACUUAGAGAGGAGAGCUAAGAUUGGAGGGAGGGUCUGUGAAAGCAAUGCCAGACGAAUAGGCAUCUCCUCCUAGCUCAGUCCUGAUGGUAGGCCUCAUCACAUAUGCUCCUCAUUAGGACUCAAUCGUGUUUUGGCCUCUUAGAGCUGCAUGGGGAAUUCAUGCCAACUGAAAUCACUAUCCGCUGUCGUCAGCCUCCUCCUGAUUUCAUUAAAGGGUUGGCGUCCCAUACUGUACUGUAUGCCCCACACACUCCUUAGAUCACUGCAGACCCUUUAGAAAAGGAACUCAGGCAGGAAAUCCAACACUGUCUUCAUACAAUAUUAAUUCAUAGAAUUUUCAGUAAAAUGAUAAUUUAUCUCAAUCAAGUUCUGAGUUGAGCAAACAAGACACUGGAAUAAAAAAGAGUAACACAUGGUUUCCGUGGAAAGAGAAAUGUUGACCACUGGUGUCAGCAAUUCCAGGCAAACAAAAGCUGAGACUUGGGCAAACAUGUCAAAGUGAUUUAAUUGGUACUUUAAGCUCAUUCAAGGUCUGAAACUAGGCAAGAGUUUGCAAAUCAUCAAAGCCAAAAAGGAAUACCAUGACAUUGUGAAAUGUAAAUACAGAAUAAUUUGACACUCACAUGUAUUACACACACAUGUACAAUUAACAAGUGUGUCUGCACUACCCUCAGUGUUCAGUCAACUGAGGAAAGGGGUAUUUUAAAUAGGGUCAUAGGUCAUUUGACCACUCCACUGUUGACAUGGAGUAAACCAUUUACAAGACAAGUGUCCAUUCAUGAUUUAUGCAUGAGACUCUCCUCCUCAUAUUAGCCCACAUUUCCAUGCUUCUUCAUAUACAACUUCUUAAUAUUGAGUUGCACCCCCUUUUUCCCUUAGAACAGCCUCAAUUCGUCAGGGCAUGGACUCUACAAGUUGUCGAAAGCAUUCCACAGGGAUACUGGACCAUGUUGACUCCAAUGCGUCCCACAUUUGUGCCAAGUUAAAAUGGUCCAAACAAACAUGGAGUCGUGAAGUAGACCUCAAUGCCUCUUCCCCCUCAGGAGGACCUCUAUAUCAGGCGGUGUGAAAAGGCCCGGAAAAUCGUCAAAGACCCCAACCACCCAAGCCAUAGACUAUUAUCUCUGCUGCCGCAAGGCAAGAGGUAACGGUGCAUCUAGUCUGACACCAACAGGCACUUGAACAGCUUCGAUCCCCAAGCAAUACGACUGAUAAAUAGCUAACAAAAUAGCUACACGGACUGAGUUUACCUUGUAUCUUUAUUGAACUUUUAUUUCAGUAUUUGCACUGUCUCUAUGCACACUCACAGGGCCCUACAAACAGUCACUCCAACACACACACACAAACACUCACUCCAUCAUUUGCUCAGUCACACAUAAUGUGCAAAUAUAUUUAUACUGACUCUACACAUCCGCACACCCACUCACUUGCAAGCUGCUGCUACUCUGUUGAUCUUAUAUCCUGACGCCUAGUCUCCUUAACCAUAUGCAUAUCUACCUCAAUCACUCCAGUAUCCCUGCACAUGUAAAUAUGGUAUUGGAACUGAUUUCUAUAUAUAGUAUGCUUACUUACUUAUUUUUGUAUUUCAUAUAUCCUACUCUUAUUUCUCAUGUUUUUUUCUAGUAAUACAUUAUUAUUGCAUUGUGUGUUUUGAGUUGGCAAGAAAGGCAUUUCACUGUACUGCAUGUGACAUUAAACCUUGAAAGUUGGCUGGAUGUCGUUUUGGGUAGUAACACACGGGGUAUGGUAGUAGAUACACACAGGAAACUGUUGAGCGUGAAAAACCCAGCAGCGUUGCAGAUCUUGACACACUCAAACUGGUGCGCCUGGCACCUACUACCAUACCCCGUUCAAAGGCAGUGAAAUCUUCUGUCUUGCCCAUUCACCCUCUGAAUGGAGCUCAUUAACAAUCCAUUAAAAAUCCUUAUUUAACCCAUCUCCUCCCAUUCAUCUACACUGAUUAAAGUGGAUUUAACAGGUGACCUCAAUUAGGGAUCAUAGCUUCACCUGGAUUCACCUGGUCAGUCCAUUUGAUGGAACGAGUAGUUCCUAAUGUUUUGUACACUCAGUGUAUAUAGAUCAGGGAUGCAAACUGGUGAGGGCCCAAAAAGGUGACACUUUUUUUUUUGCACUGAAACAUGCAGAAAAUCCCUGCUAGGGGGAAAUGCAGGUUUUAACUAAUUAAACAAAUAAUAUGAUCAGUCUGUGUGUGUAACAUAAAAAGUGGUUAAUGUGAACCUAACUCACAGCUAAACAAUUGUAUUUGUUGCCUAGACUUUACUGAAAAUGACACUCAAGUCUUGAGAAUAAACAAUACAUUAAUAUUGCAGUUAGCCAGACUUCCUGUCUGGGUUGGCGCCCCCCCUUGGUUGUGCUGUGGUGGAGACCUUUGUGGGCUAUACUCGGCCUUGUCUCAGGAUUGUAAGUUGGUGGUUGAGGAUAUCCCUCUAGUGGUGUGGGGGCUGUGCUUUGGCAGAGUGGGUGGGGUUAUAUCCUUCCUGUUUGGCCCUGUCCGGGGGUUUCUUCGGAUGGGGCCACAGUGUCUCCUGACCGCUCCUGUCUCAGCCUCCAGUAUUUAUGCUGCAGUAGUUUAUGUGUCGGGGGGCUAGGGUCAGUUGGUUAUACCUGGAGUACUUCUCCUGUCUUAUCCAGUGUCCUGUGUGAAUUUAAGUAUGCUCUCUCUAAUUCUCUCGUUCUCUCUUUCUCUCUGAGAACCUGAGCCCUAGGACCAAACGUCAGGACUACCGGGCAUGCUGACACCUUGCUGUCCCCAGUCCGCCCGGCCUUGCUGCUAUUUCAGUUUCAACUGUUUCUGCCUGCGGUUACGAAACCCCUACCUGUCCCAGACCUGCUGUUUUCAACUCUUAAUGAUCGGCUAUGAAAAGCCAACUGAGAUUUAUUCCUGAUUAUUAUUUGACCAUGCUUGUCAUUUAUGAACAUUUUGAAAAUCUUGGCUCUCUCUAAUUUUCUCCUUCUCUCUUUCUCUCGGAGGACCUGAGCCCUAGGACAAGACGUCGGGACUACCGGCCGUGGUGACUCCUUGCUGCCCCCAGUCCGCCUGGCCUUGCUGCUAUUCCAGUUUCAACUCUUCUGCCUGCGGUUAUGGAACCACUACCUGUCCCAGACCUGCUGUUUUCAACUCUUAAUGAUCGGCUAUGAAAAGCCAACUGAGAUGACCUGGGCCCUAGGACCAUGCGUCGGGACUGCCGCCCGUGGUGACUCCUUGCUGUCCCCAGUCCGCCUGGCCUUGCUGCUAUUCCAGUUUCAGCUGUUCUGCCUGCGGUUAUGGAACCGCCACCUGUCCCAGACCUGUUGUUUUUCAACUCUUAAUGAUCAGCUAUGAAAAGCCAACUGAAAAUUAUUCAUGAUUAUUAUUUGACCAUGCUUGUCACUUAUGAACAUUUUUGAACAUCUUGGCAUAGUUCUGUUAUAAUCUCCACCCGGCACAGCCAGAAGAGGACUGGCCACCCCUCAUAGCCUGGUUCCUCUCUAGGUUUCUUCCUAGGUUUUGGCCUUUCUAGGGAGUUUUUCCUAGCCACCGUGCUUCUACACCUGCAUUCUAGCUGUUUGGGGUUUUAGGCUGGGUUUCUGUACAGCACUUCGAGAUAUUAUCUGAUGUACGAAGGGCUAUAUAAAAUAAAAUUGAUUGAAAUUGA